AUGCAAAAGCGACGUCGAGUAACACGUGCUUGCGAUGAGUGUCGACGAAAGAAGAUCAAGUGCGAUGGCAAGCAGCCGUGCACGCAUUGCACCGUCUACAGUUAUGAUUGCACGUACGAUCAGCCGUCCAACAGGCGCAGGAAUCCCGCGCCACAAUACGUCGAGAAUCUCGAGCAUAGGGUGCAUCGGGCGGAGACUUUACUUCAUAUACUAAUACCAAAUCUGGAUCUGAACGACCCAGGGAUCGAUGCAGCCGUGGCACAAGGAUGGAUCCCUGGAGCACCCGGCAAAGGAGAGCCUAGAGCGGCGCAGGCUGCACAACCGCAGCGACCACCACCUACUCCUGCUCCUAAUUCUGACAAAAAGUCCGAUACGAACCUGGAGUCGAUGGUGAGAGCGGUCGCCCAACUAGACAUGGAUGAGACCGGGCACUGGGAUUAUCAUGGUCACUCCUCAGGUUUGUCCUUUGUUCGCAGAAUGCGAGAGCAACUCGGCGAUUUGAUGGGACCAGAUACGAUGGCCGCGCCGUUUGUUAAAACCAGGCCUAUGUCCUCUCUCCUCCUGGACUCACCUAGAUCUGCCGAAUCACCGAUGGGCGACAUUCACGCAGGAACUGCUGAUAUGCCACCAAAAGACAUGGCUCGACAGCUCUGCUCCCAUGGACUCAACGAUGCGGCGGCGCUAUUGCGCAUGGUCCAUCAGCCGACAUUCUGGGAGAGCUUCGAAACGCUGUACAGCAAAACACAGGACAAUUACAACAACGAGGACCACAAAUUCUUGCCCUUGUUCUACAGUGUCAUUGCACUAGGUUCCCUGUUUGGCAAGGAUGAUGACGCCAGUCACAUCGACGAGGGUUACGAGAGUGCGAUCCAGCAGGGUUUCACGUACUUCAAGACAGCUCGUCAGCUCAUGGAUAUCGCCGACUGUCGGGACCUUUCGUCGAUCCAGGCGGUGGUGUUCAUGAUUCUCUUUCUGCAGUCAUCGUCAAAAAUGUCGCAAUGCUAUGCCUACGUGGGUGUGGCGUUGCGAUCCGCCUUGCGCAUGGGUCUUCAUCGCGCGGCUGCAGGCAAAUUCGAUCCGGUGGAGGCCGAGAGCAGAAAGCGAGUGUUCUGGGUAGUGCGCAAGCUGGACAUUUACGUUGGCGCCAUGUUGGGUCUUCCACAGACAUUAAGUGACGACGACAUCGAUCAAGACUUCCCGACCGAGGUGGACGACGAGUACAUCACGAGGGAUGGAAUUCUACCGAUGCCAGAGGGAGUCGUGCCGUUGAUGACCGCUUUCAAUUUGCACACGCGGUUGGUCGGCAUCCUACAGAAGAUCGUACGCAAGAUAUACCCGAUCAAUGUGUCGAAUUCACAAAACACCGGAGACAAAUCAUACUCGAUACCAUUUUCUACUAUCCGAGAGAUCGAAAGCGAGAUGGAGGAGUGGAAGCAGAGCCUCCCGCCAAUCCUUACGCCGUGUGAGGCGCCGGCGCGGUACGUGCGGAUUCAGCAGCUUCUGCGACUUUCAUACGCACACGCGCAAGUGCUGCUUUAUCGGCCGUUCCUUCACUUCACCGCCAUGGAGAAGAGAUCACGACCUGUCGAUCAGAGGGCGUACGCUUGUGCAGCAUCAUUUGUCAACGUUUCGCGCAACAUCAUCCACAUUGCAUCCCAGAUGAAGCAGAAGGGUCUGCUCAAUGGCGCGUUCUGGUUCAUCAUGUAUACCACCUUUUUCUCGAUUCUAGCGCUCGUGUACUUUGCUGCCGAGAAUCCGGACAAUCCCACGACCGAAGCGGUGAUGAAGGACGCCAUUGAGGGCAAGGAGGUCCUGGCAUCUCUGGCCUCCCGUAGCAUGGCUGCCGACCGAUGUACUGCGACUCUCAACAUUGUCUUCCAACGACUGCCCGAUUGGAUGCGAGAUGGACGACAGAACCCUACGAUGUCGAAGAAACGACCACACGAUGCUGGUCCGGAGGGAUCUAGUGCGCAGGCGUCACGGAGCCACCCAGAUGUCUCGGUAGUCAGCCAGGAGGCACCUCCCAUGGGCAUUCAGCGCGCCAGCACAUUCCCCAAACAUGGAGCUACCAAUUCACCCAGCCUCGAUUCUUCAAUGGACAACUCUUGGUCUCACUCCACGUCGUCAUACGGUGCAGAGACACCGACAUCUGCGCCCUUCGAUACCAGCACAUUCUCAGCUGCCAACCAAAGAAACGUGUCGCAGGCGAUGAUGCCACAAUACUCUCUUCCGCCCAACUUCGCCAACCCGGGUCUGACCGAUCUUUCCACCAUGAUGUUUCCCACGGCAGACGGGCCCUUUACUUACCCCAAUCAGCCCCUGACGACGUUUGAGAACAAUCAACAAUUCGGCAAAGGUAGCCUCUUCUCGAACGCACAAGCCUUUACACCACUUGGCAACGCGAGCCCUGCGACAUCUUCCUCCCGCGGCCGUGAAGAGAACAUCGAAGCCCAAUUCUACCCCUUGCCUCCCUAUAUCGAGCAACGCCAACAACAGCAAUUCUCGCAGCUGCGCACGCAGUCGCAAUCGAGAGGCAUGGGCAUGGGCUAUCCGCAGCCGACCAGCAUGCCUUUCAAUGGCGCACCCCAGUCCGCGAGCGCGGUGCAGGCGAUGCAGAUCCCGAAUGGAGGGAAUUGGGUCGGUCAGUCGGCGUUUCCGCAGGGGAUGUUGGAUCAGAAUAUCAAUAUUCAGGAUCUGUUUGGCGGGCAAGAAUGGAAUCCGAUGUUCGCUGGGUAUCAGCACCAGCAGGGUCAGUAG